ACGUAACUCAGUCAGUUUCGAUGAUCUUUUUAAUUUUAUAGAUUUUUUUCAGAUUUUAUUACUUAAUAAAAUGUGAUUUUAUAUUACUUUAAUGAACAGAAACCAAAAAAACGCGCUUAUUUGACAAAACUGUCAGACAGUUUUAUUUGGAGGUUAUAAUUUGGUAUCAACAUUAGAAAAGUUUACAAUUAUUAAAAUUAUACAUCGAAAAUGCGAAACACAUUUUUUCUUCCAAAUUUAGAUCAACUUUUUGAUGUUUCCGGUAUCUCGUGUGAUAAAAUUGUUGUCGUUUCAAUAAUUGGAAAAUCUUCCUACAACUCUUUGGGAUUAAAAGUUAAAUCAAUUGGACGGGUGAUUUCUUCUAAGGAAUAUGCUAAUGGACAAGAGUGUGUUAUCGAGGGUUCUUAUGAUGAAGAAAAUCAAAUAGUUUACCUGCAUAUGUGUACUCCCCUGGAUGCAGAUUAUUUUGUAAAGGAAUAUUCUAAUAUAUCAAAGAAAUGUGAAAUAUUGCGCGGCUGUGAUGAUUUCCUAGCAGUAUAUGAUGAAAUUAAAAGUAUAUUUGCUAGAUAUUUAGUUCUGCUGUUUCACAUUAGUCACAUUGUUAUAUUAUCUCAUCCAGUAUGCAAUGUAGAUACCAAUUAUAUUCAGUAUUUUAAAGCUGUAGAUUUAUUGAGUCAAAAAGUAUUCGAGAAGAUAGUGGAUAUUUUAAAAUCUAUAGAUACAAUAAGUCAAGAAUGGGUAUCUGCUGGUAGAUUCUGUACUCCUAGGUUAAUAUUCUAUUUUGAAAAAUGUCCUUCAAACAUUACCAAUAUCAAAAAAUUAGAACAUAAUUUGGAAGACAAAAUUUAUUUUGUACUAAAGAAAACUAGGAUUAUAAGCACUUCAGGGUGUUCCUUGUUUGCAAUUCCACCCAAUAACGAAUUUGUCUAUAUAGAAGAGGAAUUAGGACCUUAUGAUAAACUAGGAAACAUGGUUAGAAACCUCCUAAUGGAUUGUCAACCUGGCGGUGCUUUGCAACUUGAAGUUCCAUAUUCUAGUCAGCCAAAUGGAGGUAAAAAUUUCAAAAAAUUCAUGCACGUACACAUACAACAAGCAAGAACUAAGGGUUUUGACGAUACAGUCAGUUCUGGCAGACAUCAGCAUUCACAAAAUACUCAUUUUGAGCUUCCAGUCUUGAAACAAUGGAUAGAAGCUACAAAAGCAAUUUACAAAUUCAUGUCAAAAUGUAAAUUAGUGAAUUCGCUAUGUACUGAUACUCGUUUUUCAGAACAACGUUGUUUGAAAGUCCUUCCGCUAGCACUAGCACGAUAUCAAGAAGGUUUACCAUCUCAUUAUGCCAAAGCGGAACAUAAAGCUCGAUUGUCAGUGGCAUUGUCUUUAUUUAAAGCACAAGCACGUGGUCCUGUUUUUGACAGAUAUGCUGCACAGCUAGAAAUGGAUUGUAAAAUUCAUUGGAAAAAUGGUAGGCAGCAGUGCGAAGUUGCUUCUCUAACUGGUAAUCCCUGUAAACUCCCAAAACAUUCCAGUGAUCAGGAACAUAUGAGUGGAUUCAUAUAUAAAGCUAUUUGUGAUUGUGGUCGCAAAGUAGGGGCCCGUGAAGAUCCUUAUAAGGAAAAACAAGCCAACUACACAUUUUACCAACAAAUUUCAAAAGAAUGUCAGUGUUCAAAAUUAGAAAGAAUCCAGUUUCCAGUACUUCAAUCGACUUCAAAAAUUGCUUUUGAAACUGAUGAAAUUUCAUCAUCAUCAUCAGAAAAAUGUCUAGAUGAUUCUGAAAGUUCAUCUAAAAUGUUAACAUUAAAUUCCCCUAUUGGAAUGUUACCUUCAUAUUCUUCAUGGUCUUUGGUAUGCUUAGGAGCAUCCUCUUUAUAUAGUCACAAUUUAGGUCUGUCGGAAUCGCAUCAUCCAGGUUUUCUUAGUUCCACAAACUACCUUCUACCGUGGGAUGUUACUGUAUUCUCGGAAUCAAAACAAAAUUGGCCACACGUCAACAAAUAUACAAUAAGAGGAAGAAGAGGGCGUUCAUCUGGCAGCUUACCCCAAUUUACUGUUAAAGUAUUUAUUGGUGUUGAAUACGAAUGUUCCUCAGGACACAGAUUUAUGUUGUCAAGUCCAGACAGGAUGUUAAAAGCAAUGUCUGGGGGUAUAGUAAAAGAUACAGGAUACAAAGUGGCUGAAAGUGAUAUGCCCCUUUAUUUCCCAUGUGCCUGUAGAGCUGGUAGAUUGGCUCAGUUGAUGAGGUUGCAUGUUGUAACACCAAAGGCUCCUGUACAUUGUACUUUGAAUCCAAAGAUGGUGUUAUUCAAAAUAAUCCACAAAAGGCAUGUCCAAAUAAAAUGGCUGUAGUAAUGAAAUAAUUAAGAAAACUGUAAAUUCUACUUGAAUAGUUUGUAUUAUGAAUUUACUAUUAUAAUUAUUGUGAUUAUUUAUCAAUAUUCAAUGGAAAAUUGGUAUUAAAAUACUACAUUAAAAUAAUUUAAACAACUUAUUUUUACAAUAACUGGGAUGACUUUGCAGUUAAAAUAUGUUGAUAUAUAAAUAAAAAUAUCUAAUACAAGGACUAUACAACCUCCUACAAGAAAGAAAAACCAAAUUCUCCUUCUGUACUUCCCAGAGUUAUCGACCAACAUUUUCCCACUUCCUAUCAACCUCAACAUCAAUAUCAUGAUGUUGAAAAUAUAUAAUACAAGUGAAAUUGAUGAUAGCAAUAGCAAAGAAAAAAAACUCGAAGCUAUUUACCUAAUGUGAUGUUCAUGAAUGUAGGUUCAACCUGCGACUGGUGCUCCUGUUUUCAUACCUACCCUUAAUGGUCCAACGAAAUUGACACAAUCCGCUUACUGGAUCAUGCGACUUCCUUAUGUCUACAUCUCAGAAAAAGAACAUUACGGUGUGAAUCCGGCUGCUAGAUUAUUACAAGGUGUUUUCGGAGUAACUGAAAUGGAUCAAUGAAUUAAUAGAAUCAUAAAAAAUAACGUAUGAAAUUGUGGACUUAAUUUUGUAUUUAAAUUGAUAAAUUUAAUUGUUGUUUUUAUUAGUUCUCUCCGUGGGACUCUAUUAAAAAUAUAAUAUACAA